UGGCAUUCUCAUCCCACUACCGCUAGUACAUCAAAACGCAACAACCAAACAAAUUUCAAUCCUACGGCUCACCAGUUCUUCCCCUGAAAUCCCCAUUCUCCGCCCAUCUUCUACUCUGUUCUCCUUCCCCUUCCCGCCAUGCCCCUGAAGAGCAACGAUGCCGACUCCCAGUUCUUUUUCGACCAAGAUGAUGAUGCCGACGAUGACAUUGAGGUCACCAAGAACAUGGAGGAGGAUCGCAGCAACAGCGGCUUCAGCGAUGGCGACGACGCUCCGAACGGCCUCGGACCUCGGAACUCCACUUUCACUUCUCAGCAGUGGCCUCAGAGUUACAGGGAGACGACGGAUUCUUACACAAUCAUGGCUUCACCAAAUUUUGGAAUGUUCCGUGUUCCAAGUAUAUUGCAAACAAGCUGGCAGAAUCUUAGUAAAAGUAGUUUAGACAUGGAUGGAAAAGCUCCUUUGUUAUCUGACCACGGUGGCUCUGAUCAAGAUGAAGAUAUGGAUAAGAUCUCAAGAAUGCCAUCAUUAAGGUCAGAAAGAGCUUCAUUUCCAAAGCAACUGACUGGUGAAUUACCUAUUGGUCAUGGGUGCAGCUUCACACAGACCAUCUUCAAUGGAAUCAAUGUAUUAGCUGGUGUAGGACUUCUCUCCACACCUUACAUUGUAAAAGAAGCCGGCUGGGCCAGUUUGGUAGUGCUGGUUCUUUUUGGCAUUGUUUGUUGUUACACAACCACACUUAUGAGGCACUGCUUCGAGAAGAAAGGGGGAGUCAUAACGUACCCAGAUUUAGGAGAAGCUGCCUAUGGAAAAUUUGGACGUCUUUUUGUGUCUAUCGUUUUAUAUUUGGAACUAUAUUGUUAUUGCGUUGAAUUUAUUAUCUUGGAAGGAGACAAUCUAACCAAUCUAUUUCCUGGAACAUCGUUGAGUUUGGGAAGUAUUCAAUUAGACUCUAUGCAUCUUUUUGGAAUUUUAACUGCACUGAUUGUUUUGCCCACUGUUUGGCUGAGAGACCUCCAUGUGAUCUCCUACUUGUCAGCUGGCGGGGUCAUUGCAACCAUCUUAAUAGUGCUCUGCUUAAUUUUUCUUGGUACAAAUGAAAGCAUUGGGUUUCAUCAAACUGGUGAAGUAGUGAACUGGAAGGGUAUUCCUUUUGCAAUUGGUGUGUGUGGAUUUUGUUAUUCCGGCCAUUCCGUGUUUCCAAAUAUUUAUCAUUCCAUGGCUGAUAAAACAAAGUUCACCAAGGCACUAAUGAUAUGCUUUAUUUUGUGUGGUUUAAUUUAUGGAGGGGUUGCAGUCAUCGGAUUUCUCAUGUUUGGCAAAAAUACAUUAUCCCAGAUAACUUUGAAUAUGCCAAAACAUGCUGUUACCUCUAAAGUUGCAGUGUGGACAACAGUAAGUGUUAUACCAAUGAUUGAAAUUGCUUCCUUGACACUGCUCAAAUAUGCACUGUUGAUGAAUCCAUUGGCAAGAAGUAUAGAGGAGCUACUACCACGUAGAAUUUCAAAUAGCUUCUGGUGUUUCAUUCUUCUAAGAACAGCACUUGUUGUUUCUUCUGUUUGCGUGGCCUUCCUUCUGCCCUUUUUUGGUCUCGUGAUGGCUUUGAUUGGCUCCCUUCUCAGCAUACUUUUGGCGGUAAUAGUGCCAGCCGUAUGUUUUUUGAAAAUCAUGGGAGGCGAAGCUUCAAAGAUGCAGAUGACUUGGAGCAGCUUUAUCAUUGGACUCGGUGUCCUUAGUGCAAUCUUUGGAACAUACUCUUCUGUGUCACAGAUUGCAGAGAGUUACUGAAACAUAUAUGGUCAGAAUAAAUUUUCUGUAGGCUUCGUGUCUUGUAGCUGUCGAUAGCUUCAGGUCAUACAUUAUGCAAGCAGUUGACUUCUAAAUAAUUGCAUAUCCAUUAUUGCUUAAUUGUUGUGUUGCCUCUCUUUAUUGGGUGAAGAUGUUGAUUUCAUGUUUGCU